AUGUUUAAGAAGUUUACGAAAGAUGACGUGCACACACAGACGAACGUGAAGUCGUCUGUUCAAAGAGCAUUAAGAACAAAGCUGGUGAAUCAGUACCCCAAACUCGAAGAAUCCAUUAAGAUAUUAAUGCCAAAGAAAAGUACAGUUGUCUUGUAUAAAUGUGAGGAUAAGAUAAAUUUAUAUGCUGUAAACGAUGAGGUUCUUUUUUACCAGAAAUUUGAUGAAUUAAUUCCGUCUUUGAAGCUCAUUCACAUGUAUCCUUCAUGCUUCCCCAGAGUUCAAGUUGAUCGUGGUGCAAUAAAAUUCAUUCUUUCGGGUGCAAACAUUAUGUGCCCUGGCCUAACAUCUAAGGGUGCCAAACUUCCGGAUGAGGACAUUGCAAAGGGAACUACAGUUGCCGUUUAUGCUGAAGGUAAGGAGAACGCAUUGGCAGUUGGAAAAUUACUCAUGAGCACUGAUGAGAUUAAAAAAGUUAACAAGGGUAUGGGUAUCGAGCUUAUACACUACUUAGCAGACGGAUUGUGGAAUUUUGAGAUCGAAUGA